UGGAAGAUGAUGAAUUUUCAGAAGAAACAAUUCGUCAAAAAGUUAGAGAAUAUAAUAUACAUUUAGAUCAGAAUCCAAAUGAUAUAGAUGCAUGGCUUGAAUUUAUUUCGUUUCAAGAUAAAAGUUUAAGAUUCGGCAAAACAAAAAGAUCUGAAUCAGCUACUGCAAAAUCAAGUAUAAAUGAAGUAAAAAUUAGUAUUUUUGAAAAGGCAUUGGAGAUUAAUCCUCAUAAUUCAAGAUUACUUGGCACAUAUUUAAAAUGUUGUGAAAAGAAUUGGGAUGUACCUAAAUUGCUCACUAAAUGGGAUCAAGUACUUAAAGAUAAUUCUACAAAUAUUUCUCUUUGGAUACAAUAUCUUGAUUUUCGUCAAACAAACCUUGUUUCUUUUACAGUUAGUCAAUGUUUGCAAGUUUUUGAAGAUUGUUUACAUGUUUUAAGAAAAGCUGUUUUAGUUACCUUGGAUAGAUCUG